AUGACAUUCUUGAGUAAAAAACCUCAAAUAUUUAAAAAUAUUGAAAAAGAUAUAAAUAAAAUAAAAUUUAAAAAAUCAAAUAAAAUAAAAUCAGAUUGUAAUAAUAGUAAUAAUAAAAAUGGUUUGAUAGAGUGUAUAUCAACUUUAGAAGAUGAUAAUCCAUGGGAUGUUUAUACCAAAAUAAUGAAAGAAGAAGGAUUUUUAAAAAGUUGUAUAUUAGAUUUAAAUGAUGGUGAAGUUAAUAGUAGUAGUGGUGCAUCACCAUUAAAUGUUGCAUACCAAGAAUACCAAGAAAUUAAAAAUAUUUUGGAAGGUAAUAAUUCAAUUUAUAUAAAUUGUGACUCAACUAGAUUCUUUAUAUCAAAUUCAAAUGACAUAAUGAUUACUGGUAUAAGUUCAAAUUCAUUAUCAUUCAUAUUACGAAGAACUGCAAAUAAAUGUAUUAUUGGAAUUUUUCAACCUUCAACAAUUCUAGUCGACCAUGCUCAUUGUAAAGUCUCUGAUAUUUAUAAUAAAAUUACAAAUUUUGAUAAAAAUGAAAGAAUUACAAAUUUAAUUUUUUCAUUCUCCGAAGAUAGUAUAAAAAAUAUUCUUUGCUACUAA